AUGGAGCAAACGUUCAUGACCAUUCAUUCCACGGACCCCAGCGCUGCCAUUUUAUUCGUGUCCGACUCAGUCUACGACAUACUGGGUUAUACCCCUCAGGAAGUGCAGGGAAAAUCAUGCUUUGACUUCUUCCACCCCGACGAGGUACCCUUCGCUCGCUCUAUCCAUAGUCGCGGCGUCUUGCUGGACAAGGCAGCCGUGCUUCACUAUGCUCGCAUCAUGGCACGCGAUGGCCAAUGGGUGAGCUGCGAAUGCUGCUUCACUGUCGUUCACGAUGUCUUGGUUGCCUGUACCAGUAUUUAUCGACGGGACGAAAAGAGUCACAGACGAGCCGUUGAUGCACCUCAGAUCCGUCGAUUGUUCUCGAGCUCCCCUCGGGAUCCUCGUUACCACAUGCUGGAGCAUCUCUCACCCAAAUUCAGAAUGCCCCCCGUGGAACGCGAGCCCCGCGCAGCUCUCAUCCUCAACAGAUUCACACGCACCUUGACCGUCAUGUUCGCGACCAAUGCAGUCUCCUCGAUUCUCGGCGUCAGGCCCGACCAGAUCAAAGACAAGAGCUUCUAUGAGUGCAUACAGGAGAAUUGCCUGCCGGAUGCCAUCCGUUGUUUGGAAAGUGCAAAGGCCAAUGACUCGAUUGCCUAUCUAAGGUUCUGGUACAGAGAUCCGCGUCGGCCUGAGGACUUUGACGAUGAGGAGGAAGACGAAGAGCACAACAGCGGAAAUUCUAGUGACUCUGACGGCGGGGGUGUCCAACUCGAUGGUCGCAUGGACAUUGACGAGGAUGACGGUCCCGCGAUCAAACAAGAAGACCAAGGUCGCCCGGAUAUGUCAAAUCACAGCUCUGCAAACCAAACAACGACCACGAACGCCUCUGGCUCGAGCAACCAAACACAGAACACUGCAGCUACCAGCGCCCCUUCAGUCGACGGAUCGGCGGCCCAGGCAUCGACGCCCGCGGAACCCAUGCGUAACCGUCGACGGGAACCGCCUCAGGCUUUUGAGCUCGAAGCUGUCGUGUCAUGCACCUCCGACGGUCUUGUCGUUGUCAUUCGCAGAGCGCGCCCACCAAUUCCGGCACCUCACCCACCGUUGGUCGUCCCAACCUACACCAACGGUCUCUUUGCGGCGCCUUGGGGUCACCAUCCCAUCCGGCCUCAAGUUCCGCAGGAAUCGCUCUACAAUUUCAGACCUCCUCUCAUGCCUCAGUAUAUGCCUUUGCAAGACAACGUCAUGGCUGCUGGGGGUCCACCUGUGGACCAUCUCAUGAGCUCCAUCAGAGAUGUUGCCGUUUUCGCAUGGGCAUUGGUGGGAAUCAAUGGCAAUCUUUCGACAUACACGCGAGGAAUGCCACGCGGCGAGUCUAUACCCGACGGGGGUCUGCCUAUUUGGGAUCCCAAUGCAGCGAGUGCUUCUUUACAUGGGCCGGAAAAUCAGGCGGUUCAUCGAUGGACCCAGUACGACAAGGAAAAGACCUUUGGCCCGCCCUCAUCGGCUUACCGACAGUCGUACAACCAAGGCAUACCAUCCGGAUAUAGCCAUGUACCUCAGAUGGGCAGCUACAUCUACUCUCAGCCACCGCCGCCCACAUGGCCCGGUCUACAGCCCGCCUACACGUCGGCGUUUGACACUUACUCGAGGAACAACAAUCAUCGAGAACAGCAUCAUCAGCAUCACCAACCCCAGCUUCAUUACGACUACCAGGCCCCUCGUCAGCAGCAUCAACCACAGCCACAAGGUUUUGGUAACGAUCAACGAGGAGCGCCGGAGAAUCGGCCUUGGGGUGAAAUACCCCCUCCGUACAACGGUCAAGUUCAAACCAAUGGUCGUUCCAAUGGGCAUGGUGGCGGACAUCCGAACGGACAGCCCAAUGGCCAGCCCAACGGGCAGUCUAAUGGGCAGGCUAACGGUCAGUCCAAUGGACAUUCCAACGGCAACGGACAUGCCGAUGGAAACUCCGGCAAUGGUCCAAACGGAUCGGCCGGACCAAAUGAUCCAUCUCAUGGCUACCGUUACCCAUGGCAGUAG